GGGGGUCCGGCCCAAACACCCCUUCCUGGCUCCUCCGCUUGGGAUCCCGUAUCCAUCUCCAGAAGCAGGGCUCAGGAGGCGGGGAGGCGAGCUGGAGGAGCCGCUGAGGACCGCACUCACCCAACCCGGUGCCAUAGCCAGCCCAGCAGCCCUGAGGCUGGGGGCGGGCCACGGCGCCACGCCCCACGCACGCGCACUGGGAGUCGGCUGGACCGCACGGACGUUCACGUGACGCGGGGCGGUGCCCAGCGGGCUGGAGGGCAGGGAUCGCCGACAAGAGGGAAGGAAACGGCGGGAUCCGCGGUGGCGGUAGCAGCAGCAUGGCCGCGCUCUAUGGGGGUGUAGAGGGGGGAGGCACACGAUCCAAGGUCCUUUUACUCUCAGAGGAUGGGCAGAUCCUGGCAGAAGCGGAUGGACUCAGCACAAACCACUGGCUGAUCGGGACAGACAAGUGUGUGGAGAGGAUCAACGAGAUGGUGAACAGGGCCAAACGGAAAGCAGGGGUGGAUCCUCUUGUUCCUCUACGAAGCCUGGGCCUAUCCCUGAGCGGUGGGGAUCAGGAGGACGCGGUGAGGAUCCUGAUGGAGGAGCUGAGGGACCGAUUUCCCUACCUGAGUGAAAGCUACUUAAUCACCACUGACGCCGCCGGCUCCAUCGCCACAGCUACGCCGGAUGGUGGGAUCGUGCUCAUCUCUGGGACAGGUUCCAACUGCAGGCUUAUCAACCCCGAUGGCUCUGAGAGCGGCUGCGGUGGCUGGGGCCACAUGAUGGGAGACGAGGGCUCAGCCUACUGGAUUGCACACCAAGCAGUGAAAAUAGUGUUUGAUUCCAUCGACAACCUAGAGGCGGCUCCUCAUGACAUUGGCUAUGUCAAACAGGCCAUGUUCAACUAUUUCCAGGUGCCAGAUCGGCUAGGAAUCCUCACCCACCUGUAUAGGGACUUUGAUAAAUGCAGGUUUGCUGGGUUUUGCCGGAAAGUUGCAGAAGGUACUGGAGGUGGGGUAGGGUUUUAUCUGACUUUGUUCUGCAAAGACCUCCCUAAUUGGAGGGUCUUGUUCCAAGGGGAGAUUGGCCUCCCCAUCCUGUGUGUGGGCUCUGUGUGGAAGAGCUGGGAGCUGCUGAAGGAAGGUUUCCUUUUGGCGCUGACCCAGGGCAGAGAGAUCCAGGCUCAGAACUCCUUCUCCAGCUUCACCCUGUUGAAGCUACGGCACUCCUCUGCCCUGGGCGGGGCCAGCCUAGGGGCCAGGCACAUCGGGCACCUCCUCCCCAUGGACUACAGCGUCAAUGCCAUUGCCUUCUACUCCUACACCUUCUCCUAGGGGGCUGGCCCUGGCUCCACCCACUCCAAGCCCAGUGGACAUUGGGUGCUGGAAGGCAGGAGGCUUUUCCUUUUCUUUUUUUUUGAAAAAGAAACAUAUAGAAGAAAAUAAACGCACUUUACCCACUC